GUUCUGCAAGAAGCGAAGUACAUAAAUCGAUCAUUGCAUUUCCUCGAGCAAGUCAUCAACAGUCUUCAACUGAAGGCGAGCGGGCAGCGGUUCCAUGUCCCUUAUCGGAACUCGUUGCUCACUUCGGUUUUGCGAGAUUCAUUGGCGGGUAAUUGCAUGACGGUUAUGGUCGCUAAUGUGGCAGUUAAUUUGGAAGCGUUUGACGAGAGCGUGGCGACCUGUCGAUUUGCUCAGAGAUGUUCAAGGCUAGUCAACAAUGUGA